AUGGAAGCAGUCCAUGACAGGUUGGAUCAAUACAAUGAAGAGGCACAACAGAGGCAGCCACAAACUUUGCCUAAUAUGCCUAGAAGAGCUAUUCAACCUAGAAGAGCAAGAGAGAUCAAUCACAUAGUAGAGAAUGACUAUUACAGUGAUGAUGAUCAUUCAUCCAGACGGAGUCGAAGGAGACCACGACAUACUAGAGAGGGCAGGGAUCGAGCUGAUGACAACUUAGGUGUUGGUUACCAACAAGAGGCGUUAAUGGAGCAUUCCAUUGAUACAUGGGAUGAGAUGAAGACAAUCAUGAGGAAGCGCUUUGUUCCCAGUCAUUACCACAGAGAGAUACACCAAAAGUUAAGGAGGUUAACUCAAGGGAGCAGAAGUGUGGAGGAAUACUAUCAAGAGAUGGAGACUCUUAUGAUAAGAGCGGAUGUAGAUGAGGAUAGAGAAGCAACCUCUUUUAGACUGCGAAAGUUGAUUUACUUGUAG